CACAUUUACAAAAAUGUGAGGGGUGUACUCACUUUUGUGAAAUACUGUAUGUGUUCCAUGUUUUUUUGUGUUGCUAUACUACAAAUCACAGUACUACCAUAAGAAAGCAAAUACAACUGAUACAUUUGGAACCAAAUCAUAAAUACAGCAGAGGUAAGAGUUAACUUAAGGGACCAGACCUGACUGAAUCUGCUUGCCAUAACAUGCUAACACCAGCAAAGCAACUUCUCUGCUUACCAUUGUAGUAGUGGAUAAUUCCUCGCCACGCUCUUCUUUUUUGUUUUAUUAUAAAGAAGUAUUCUGUUUUAAAAUAGAAAGUAUAGUCUGUUAAGUUAGGAGUAAAUUCCAUUACUAUUUCAGGUAAAUCUUGUGAAGUAAUACUGUUCUCUUUAUUUACAGAACCAGUAACAUGUGCAGAUCUAACAUUCUGAGGAUCAUUUGGGUUUUUUCUCUAGUUGCCAUUCUAGUUCUUAGCUUCGUUGUCCAUAGGAAAUUAGCCAAGGUAUGUGGGUCAAUGGUUCAAAUGAUAACUUUCAGGGAGGGACUCUGGCUCCUUGCUUCCCACCCGGUUAUAAAUACACACUACAACUCACACUCACCAAAACAGAUACUCGCUAAAACAUCUUCAAUCUGCCAUCACACAUCACUUCCAUCAUAUCUACCAUGCAUCACAACUCACCUUUUUUACACAUACCACCUCAUUACUCUCAUCAUGCCUAUCACACAUCACAACUUACUCCCAUCUCACUCUUAUCACACAUUACAGCUACUCUCAUACACACUGCUCGAAUGGGCUGGCUCCGGGGCCCAUCUGAUAACUUUCAUUCGAUUAUAUAAAGUUUUUCUUUGUAACUGUUUUUUUUUGCUUUUGUGUUUUGUUCUCUCCCACCAGACUUCGUUGAAGUUCCCAUUUGUCCCUUUGGCAUAUUUAGAACAAAAGACCUCAUUUGUUGACUCAACAGCAGUUCAUGAUUCUAAGGACAUUCAUGUGAAAAUAGACAAGAUCUUAAAUGCCAUAGAUCACACAAUUUCUAAUGCAUCUUUUAAAUGUUUAAAUGACACAACCAGUGGUAAAAACAGCAGAGCAACCGUAUUAGAUUACAGACUGAAAUAUUGUACUGGAGAUUCAUUAACUGUCCAAGUUGACAUGUUUGAUUACAUGGGAAAAAGGAAGACAUACGGUGGAGACUUUUUAAGGGCACGAAUAUAUUCCCCUGAACUAGGAGCUGGAGCUUCUGGAAGGAUUCAAGAUUUUAACAAUGGGACAUACAAAAUUAACUUCAUUUUAUCUUGGGAGGGGAAUAUAAGAAUAUCCAUUAUUUUAUUACAUCCAAGCGAAGGAGUGUCAGCCUUAUGGAAGGCAAGGAAUAUUGGAUAUAAAUAUAUCAUAUACACUGGUUUAUUUCUCAAUGGAACUCGAGAAGUUUACAGUGAAUGUGGAUUUUAUUUGGAUUCUCAAGAAGAAAAAUGUGAAUAUGCAGAUAAGAGAGAUGGGGAAUUCUUUUACUGCAUUAAACCCACAGGAGUCCCUUGUGAGGCUCUAAUCUCAAUGAUGAGCAAGAACCGACCACAUUCAUAUCUAACCAGCUUGGAGAAGGAUGUCUUUACUCGAUCAAAUAUUGGUGUAGAAAUCACCACAGAAAAUGGAAGCAUUGAUGUUGUCAAAUGUCAAAGGAAUACUACAAAAGUGAAGUCAAAAUGUGCUAUUGGAAUGUCUCCACCAUUUCCAGGUGGCUAUUUCUUGAAUAACAUUUGGCACUCACUCUUCUGCAACCUUUCUUCAUAUGAACCAUUGUAUAACAUCAAAACAUGCUUAUCUGGGAAAAUGAUUUAUCUCAUGGGAGAUUCAACUGUUCGUCAAUGGAUUGAAUACUUUCCAAAAGUCAUGAAGGACUUGAAAUUUUUUGAUCUUCGUGGAAGCGGAAAGCUCAAGACACUUUUAACUGUGGAUAUGACCAGAAAUGUGUAUAUUCAGUGGAAGAAGCAUGGACACCCAUUGGUGACUCAACACUUGUUUACUCUUAAAGACUAUGCAUCUGUCCCCCGUGAAAUUGACCGCCUUCCUGGUGGACCCUACACUAUCAUUGUUAUUGCUCUAGGACAACACUUUAGACCUUUUCCUCUGUCUUUGUUCAUCAGACGAAUUCUCAGUGUACGUGAGGCUUUAGAACGUCUUUUCCUGCGAAGCCCAGACACUAAGGUCAUCAUUAAGUCAGAAAACACCAGGGAAAUAACCACAGAUGUAGAACGAUUCAGUGACUUUCAUGGUUACAUUCAGUAUAUUUUGAUGAAGGAUAUCUUUAAAGGCCUUAAUGUUGGGGUAAUUGAUGCUUGGGACAUGACCACAGCUUUUGGUUCAUAUGAUGUUCAUCCUCAUGAAACCGUCAUUAGGAACCAAAUUAAUCUGUUUUUGGCCUAUAUAUGUUAAUUUAAAAAAUUGCUGUAAUACAUACUAAAUAAUAUAGAAUUUUAGUUUUUGCUUGGGUUUACAAUUACGUUUUGUAACUCAUAGAAUGAUUUUCAUCUCAUUUUAUAAACAACUUCAAUUCAUUGA